CUGACCCGCCGCCACGAGUACUAGGUAUUUAUCUGAUUCGCAUUAAGCGGGCCGAUAAUGCGCUAAGCCGCUGUCAGGAUACCGUGAUUCGUGUGGCCGCCAGUCUCACCUGACGCAGCCCAGGAAGCAGGGGGAUCCUCAGCGAGCAGCAGCCCGCGGACGGCCGUCGUCACCGUGUCGCUCGGGCGCCUCGCUCACCUGCUUGCUUUGUGCACCCGGUGCACCCACGCUCGCAGCCCUGCCCAGCCCGUCCGCUCCGCCCCCAAGAUGAUCCUCGCCGUGCAGGCAGCGCUGCUGCUGGCCCUGGCCCUGGCGCCGGCGCCCACCCAGCAGGCCUCCGUGCCCGCGGAGCGCCAGGACGCGCACGAGGCCACGGACGCGCCCCUGUUCCCCGGCCUCCGCCUCCAGCACGGCCGCCUUCGCUACGUGCCCCCGCCGCCGCCCGCCAACGUCCUCAGCAACGUGCACCAGGUGGAGACCCUCUACUUCGAAGAGCAGGUCCUGGACCACUUCAACCCCAUCGACAAGCGCGUCUGGAAGCAGAGGUACUUCGCCCGCGACGACCUGUACGAGGAGGGCGGUCCUGCCUUCAUCUACAUCGGCGGCGAGGGUCAGGAGGCCGAGCGGAGGCUCGCCGACGGCGCGCUCUUCAUGACGUACCUCGCCCGCAUCUACAAGGCCAAGCUCUUCGACCUGGAGCACCGCUACUACGGCUACAGCCACCCCACUCCGUAAGCAACCCAUUUAGGGAUCGUAGUCAUACUAUGUA